AUAUUAUUUUGAGUUAAAUUUUGAGGUUAUAAAACAAUAAUCAAUUUGAUUUAAAAUUGUCAAAGUCAUUGAUAUCAGUUGAAAGGUCAAAAGAUAAAUAACUAGUGUGUAUAAAUCUGUCAAUUGGAAGUAAAAUAAAAGAUGGCAUUGUACUUGAUGAUAAAAUGGCAACUGGUGAAGAUAUAAUUUUUGAUAAAAAUUAUAAUAUUACAGAUGAAAAUGAACUCAAGGAUACUGUUUAUGAUAUAUUGAGAACAAUAAAAGAUCCAGAAAAACCACAAACAUUGGAAGAGCUUGAUGUUGUUUAUGAGGAUUGUGUUAGUAUUACAAAAACAAUACCAAAUGGUACACAUGUUAUUAGAGUUGAAUUUAAUCCAACAGUACCACAUUGUUCACUUGCAACGCUAAUUGGUCUUUGUAUUAGAAUUAAAUUAGAAAGAAAUUUAAUGGCAUUAUUUAAACUUGAUAUAUUUAUUAAAGAAGGUGCUCAUGCUACUGAAGAAGAAAUUAAUAAACAAAUUAAUGAUAAAGAAAGAAUUGCAGCAGCAAUGGAAAAUCCAAAUUUACGUGAAUUAGUUGAAAAAUGUAUUACAGAAGAUGAGUAAACACAACAAAAAAAAAAAAUAUAUAUAUAAAUUAAUUGUAAAUUAUAAUAUAUAUUUUUAAAUAUAAAUUUAUUUAUUU